CGCGUAGUCUGUUGCUGUCGCAUUGUCCGAAAACACUUACCCAUGGACGCCAUCCAGUACGACGCAUACGCCUACCCAGACGCUGCUUCCUCCUACUCUGACUCCUCCUCCACCCCCCGCACCCCCUCCCCGAACGCCCACGAUCUCCUCCCCCCUCUCCCUUUCGCGAAGCACAUCGAGCAUACCCUCCCUCACCUCGGAUACGACGAGCAGUACGACUCCCCCAUGAUCCAAAACGACCCCUGGGGUCAGCCACCCAUUCCCUACAACGCUGGUCGCGGGUCCCUCCUCCAAGAGCUGUACGAGCACGACGCCUACCAAACCGCCGAUGUCAACUACAUCGACGACCAGGCCCACUACAACGAAUGGUCCCACCAGCAGCACCAGAUGCGUACAGACCAUGGUAUGGUCCGCCGCGCCACCUUCCCCUACGUUCGCCACGAUCUCGGUCAGCAGCAUCCGCAGGCGCAGCUCCACGGGCAGUCCCAUUUCUACGACCAGCAAUACCCCACCAUCUUCUCGGACCCGCUCUCCGCUGAUCCCGAUCCGCUCUCGCAGGAUCCUCAGGCAAUCAAGCUCGAGGAUCCUACUCCCAUCGUUCCCUCGCAGCUCGGCUACCCUGUCCACCCCCUCCACCACCACCACCACCACCAGCAGGUACACCCUUCUUUCCUCCCCGCCCCCGUACAGCCCGGUUCGCACCAAAUUCAGCACACCGACGACGCGGCUUCCAAGGAGACUCAGUAUCUCCGCCGCCGCUGCUUCAACUGCCACACCACUGAGCCGCCCUCGUGGCGCCGCUCGACCCUGAACCCGGGCAAGAUCGUGUGCAACAAGUGCGGCCUCUAUGAGCGCACCCACUUGCGCCCUCGUCCCCUUCGUUUCGAUGAGCUCCGCGCUGGUGGCAAGGGUGGUCGUAGCAAGGUUCCUGGUGCCCCUGCAGGGGAGAAGAAGAAGCCUGCUCAGGUCAAGAAGGAGCCUCGCGAGUUCGGCCUUUCGCGCCGUAGCUCCGUCUCCUCCAACGCCUCCAGUGGCAACGGUGGUUCCUCGGACUGGGAUGACUCUGUCUCCAUCUAUUCUUCGCAACCAGCGACUCCAGGAUCUAUCUCCUCGACACCAUCCUCUGGCUUCAACUCGCCGUCGGCAGCUUCUUUCUCUAUUCCGCGGACAUCUCAAUCUCCGCCCGUGGCUGGUGACGCACAGCCACGUGACGGCGGAAUUCGGUUGCCGAACGCGCCUCUAUCGGACAUUGCUUCUCUCCAGUCGCAGCAGCCUCGGCCACACAAGGCCGCCACUGCUCCGGCGUUUGGUUUCGACGCUUACAGCCAGAAUGGCAUGUACCCGCCAAACCCUCAGCUCCAGGGUGAUAUCUACCGCCGCGGUAGCCUCCCAUUGGAGAAGCGCGUCCAGUUCGAGUUGUCUCCCGAGGGAGGUGCUAUGUCGUCGCUUUCGCCACAGAUGCAUUCGCCGGGUCUCGUCGGGUCGCCACUGGUUCAGGGCUCAUCUCCCCAGAUGAUGUCCAGCCCAGCCCCCGCUCAGCAUGUCAUUUCCGUUCCUGAGGCCCCCUCGUCAUAAAUCCGCUCUCAAGCUUUGAAUACACGCUCCUUACCCCUUCAUGGACUUGGUUAACCAACUACCCCGCUUAUUUAUCAUAAUCACGACAUCGACAGCGCACGCCGACGCUCUCGUUCGUGGCCCGCCGCCUAUUUAUUAAUCAAAACGCGGCGAGGGCGCCACGGUGCGCGCGGUUUUUAUUUAUUGUGUCUUCUGCAUACCCCUUGCAUACCCGCCACCGUCGCCGCGUCAAAACCCCGUACAUACAUUAAUCAUCACUCGCCGCAGCCUUAUAGAUACCCUGGACCGAGCGACAGCCUCCCCAUAAUUGUACUUCAAAGCUCGGCGACCAGAUCAUCUCCAACCACGACGCACAAAAUACCGAUAUCCCGUUGUACUUGUACCUUACUUGCCCCUUUUUGUGUCUUGAUAUAUCCCAGACUUCAGGCAUUUUCUUUUCUGCUGUGUCUUUUUGGUCUUUUAGUACUAGUUCUUAGUCAUUCGCGCUCCUUAUUCCAC